GUCGUGCAGUGUCCGAAUUGGUUGCUUUGUCGGUGAGAAGAAGAUUUCGAGUGCGAACGCGUUGUACACUAUGGCCCAUCUCUGUACGUACGAUGAGAAAUCACGGACGUGGUAUGGACCACGAGUGACGCCCGUUUUCAAUCCGGCCGCUAGUGUUGGCCAGAUUUUCAACGACAUUCUGCUACGAUCACCGGACCGCAUCAUUCAGAUUGAUGUGGAUACGGGCGCACGGAUGAGCUGCGCUGAGUUCCGGCAGCGAAUGAUUCGAGCGGUCCAGAAUCUGGCAUCUGUUGGAUUGGCCAAGGGUGAUAUCGUGGCACUAGCGAACGGAAACAGUGAGAACGUUGGGCCACUGUUCUGCGCCCUGCUGACACUCGGUGCAACGGUUAAUCCACUAGCACCGGGCUUUAACAAGCAGGACAUGGCGCACAUGCUGCGUUUGACGCAACCAAAGAUGAUCUUUUGCGAGGAUAGCAACUACGAGAUCGUCAAGGCUGCUGCGGAAGAGGCGGUACAGGGGAAAAGUCCUCUGUUGUUUGUGGUUGAGAGCGAACGGGCGGAUGUUCGUCACGCGGAAGAGUUACUGAAGGAGACAGGACACGAGGAAUUAUUCCUUCCUCUUCAGAUUGAAAACACCCGAGAGGCCAUCGCGUUGAUCCUGUGCUCUUCCGGUUCCACUGGCCUGCCGAAAGGUGUGUGCUGGUCUCACGCUCAUCUUAUCAACAUGCUCGGUUGUUAUCCAAUAUCAGACAGUACAGUGAGCUUCAAUUUUAGCCCACUGUACUGGGGCUCUGGGUUGUUUACGUUAAUCGGUUCAUUCGGAACGGCCUCGACGCGGCUUAUCACGCGCAAGUCGUUCUGUGUUGAGACGUUCUUCAAGGCGGUAGAAAAAUACAAAGCCAAUUUCAUCUUUAUGCCACCGUCUUACGCCAUCCAGGUUGUACGCCAUGAGCGUGCCACUGAGGUGGACUUCUCUAGCAUCAAAAUGUUGGCGUUGGGUGGAAGCUUUGUCUCAGAGGAGUUACGUGAUCGCCUUGAUCGUUUGCUUCCAAAUGGUCGUACGUUCAAUACGGUCGGCACCUCGGAGGUAGGUUGGGUGACAUGCGAUAUGAUCCAACGUAAGCGUGGUUCCGUCGGUACACCAACAAUCAACGUGAGUGCAAAGAUCGUAGACGAGGUAACAGGACAGGAUCUGGGUGUCGGUGAGCGCGGUGAGGUAUUGUUCCAGUUUCUCGAACCAUUCAAUGGUUACUAUGGCAAUCCUGAGGCAACGAAGGCUACGAUUGAAGAGCGUGGAUACACACGGUCUGGAGAUAUCGGUCACUUCGAUGAGGAAGGAUAUCUCUUCCUGAUGGAUCGGCAGAAGGACAUCUUCAAGUAUCGCAACUUCACUAUAUCACCAUCGGAGCUAGAGUCGAUUGUGGGCCGUCUGGACGGUGUACGCGAGGUCUGCGUCGUCGCUAUACCGGAGGACGCCGAGCGAACAUCGGAACUGCCGGCAGCCGUGAUCGUCCGCCAAGCCGGCAGUACGCUCGAUGCAGAACAAGUUAUCAGCUUCGUUGCAGGACAAGUUUCGGACUUUAAGCGUCUUCGCGGAGGAGUCCAUUUUGUUGAGGAACUACCAAAAACCCAAAGUGGAAAAAACCUUCGGCGGAAGGUGCAGGAGAUGUUGUUGGCGAAAAUCGGAUCCAGUGGAUCAUCAUGAAUAUUCUUAUCUGCAGCAAGUGUCGCCGUGUGAUAUGUUACUUGGAAUCGAAUUAGAAAUAAAAGAAACCGCGUUGAUGUCGCAACCACUGUGGAUGAACUCGGUGUGCUCGCGAAAUCUAAGCCUCAGACGCGAGUGAUGCUGAUGGUGAGUGUGUGGUGGGGAGGUUGCAAG